UGUCAAUGUCAUAAGUCAUAAGAGUGUGUACAUGUUUUGACGUAUUUAACAAUUUAACUGAUUAUAAGAAUUAAACUAAUUUCACUAUGUAUUAUUGGUAUUAUCAUGAUCAGGUGAAUAUUUAAAUAAUCACUAGACCCUUUAUUAAAAUUAUAAAGUAGUGGAGAGCAUUUGUUAUACGUGAAUGUAGCGUUUCGGAUACGGGAAGCAUCAGUGAGUGUUUUCAAUUUUACUUUGAUCACCCAUAUUUCACAAAUAAAAUCCACCCAGCAAUGAGCAACUACAAGUACGGGGGUGCUUUCAACUAUGCGGACAUUCACCAAAACACAAAACGGCAUAAUGCUGUUCCACCACCCACGGUUGGUGUCAGCAAGCAGGGCUACUCAACAAUGAAUGCCAUCAGUCAGAAUGCUCUCUCAGCUGCUUGGGGAGGGUGUGGAAGGAAAAGAGCAGCUACUGAAGAUGAGUACUUUGAAGAUGAUGAGGAAGAGACUGUACCUGAACUAGCUUACAUCCCAGCACCAAAUAGUCCAACAAGACUAGAAAUGGACAAAAAGAAAGAGGCAGUUCAAGAGGAAGAUGAGGAUGAUCCAUUGGAUGCCUAUAUGGCAGGUAUUGAACAACAGAUGCAAAGAGAUAGCCAAAGUGCCAGUACUUCUCAGCAAACAGGAGUAAGAAAUGAUUUGGAAGAAGAAGAUAAUGAGGAAUCAUAUUACAGGUAUAUGGAAGAAAAUCCAAAUGCAGGAUUGCAACCUACAGACAGUGAUUACCCAGAUAUUGAGUAUGAUUCAGAUGGUAACCCAAUCCCGCCUGAAAAAAAGAAAUUCAUAGAUCCUUUACCGCCUAUUGAUCAUUCAGAAAUUGAUUACAAACCUUUUGAAAAGGUCUUCUACAAGGAACACCCAGAUAUUGCAGCCCUUGGAGAUGAAGAGGUAACAGACCUUCGCAAAACCCUUGACUUGACAGUGACAGGCCAUGAUCCACCAAAACCAGUGGUCUCUUUUGGACACUUUGGUUUUGAUGAUAAACUACUCAAAUCAAUUAUCAAGGCCGAAUAUUCCACACCAACGCCAAUUCAAGCUCAAGCUGUGCCUUGUGCUCUUAGUGGGAGAGAUGUACUUGGUAUUGCUCACACAGGUAGUGGUAAAACAGCAGCUUUUCUGUGGCCCCUCCUGAAGCAUGUUUCUGCUCAGAAGCCAGCAGGUGAAGGUGAAGGACCUGUUGGCCUGAUUUUAGCACCUACAAGAGAAUUAGCUCUCCAGAUUUAUACAGAGACUAAGAAGUUUGCUAAAAUCUAUGAUCUGAAAGUAAUCUGUGCAUAUGGUGGAGGGUCUAAAUGGGAGCAGAGCCUGGCUUUAAAAGAAGGAGCAGACAUCGUAGUAGCAACGCCUGGUCGUAUAAUCGAUCAUAUCAAAGGUGGCGCCACAGAUUUGAGCCGGGUCACCUUUUUGGUGCUCGACGAAGCUGACAGAAUGUUCGAGUUGGGUUUCGAACCCCAAGUGCGAUCAGUAUGCAACCACGUACGACCGGACAGGCAAACGUUGCUAUUCUCUGCUACCUUCAAGAAGAAGAUCGAGAGACUAGCCAAGGAUGCGUUGAAAAGCCCCAUCAGAAUAUCCCAGGGUACAAUGGGACAGGCCAAUGAAGAUGUAACUCAACAUGUUUUAAUUUUACCAAAACAAGAAGCAAAACGAGAGUGGUUAUUUACAAUGUUGGUUGAGCUGUUAUCUGCUGGUUCAGUUUUAGUUUUUGUAACGAAAAAAGUGGAUGCCGAAUUGGUUGCAAGGGACGUGAAAUUACGAGAAUUUGAAUGUUUGUUGCUACAUGGUGAUAUGGAACAAGCCGAACGUAACAAAGUAAUUGUAGCAUUUAAGAAGAAUGUGUGUUCUCUAUUGAUAGCGACAGACGUGGCGGCUCGCGGUCUGGACAUCCCGCACGUGCGAACCGUAGUUAACUACGACACGGCGCGUGACAUCGACACUCACACGCAUCGUAUAGGUAGGACAGGACGUGCAGGCAUGAAGGGCACCGCCUAUUCGCUGCUCACGCCCAAGGACAAGGAGUUCGCAGGCCACAUCGUCAGGAAUCUGGAAAAGGCACAUCAGAAAGUGCCAGAGGAGGUGUUGGAUCUAGCUAUGCAGAGUAGCUGGUUCAAGAAACAAAGGUUCAAGAAGAAAGACCAGAAUCCAAAUGUUGGUGGUGUAGGACUGGGUUUCAAAGACAAGUCCCCAGUAGCAGGAUACUCAUCUUCCUCUGCCCCAGGCUCUACGUUACCGCCACAAACGGUAUCGGCUCCAAGGGGUCCAGCCACAGACAGACUUUCAGCUAUGAAAGAAGCUUUCAGAGCCCAAUACCAGAAUCAGUUUACAGCAAGUACUGAGAUCCCACCACCAGCGCAGUCCCAGAUAGUACCGCCAAAACCUCCAGGAUCCGGGAAAGAACGAAAAAAGCGUAGUCGGUGGGAGUAACUUAUCAUGUAGAUUUUAGUUGUUAAUCUCAUUCAUGGCGUUAUACCUAAUUGAUCAAUUAAAGAAAUAUUAAAUUCCAAGUCAGUAUAUGGGGUUUUCAAUACUUACCAUCACUAGCAUGCAAAGGAACUGAUACUCUGGUUACCCAUAAGAUUGAAAAAUUUAUACUUUGAACACUUGCUUCAAAAAUCCAAGUCUCUCACGAUUGACUUUAU